AUAAAUAGGUAAAUAAUCACCUAUAUUGUGAUUUGGUUGAGGAUUAAAACGGAUUGUCUCUUAUUUUUUCAAGUAAUUAACUUCUUUCUUGUUAUUAAAUUAUAUAAUUGCUAUUAAAACAUGAAAAUGCGUUUUCUAGAAAACUUUGAUCCCGAAACAUCAGCCCGUGAGCGUCGCAAACUAAAUCGCAAAAGUUAUUUCAUGAAUCGCAAAUCGAAAAAACUAUACAAUGAACGAGGUCUGCUAGCUGCUUCGGGAAUAGACCUAUGCGACUGCUUAGAUGAAGCAUGUCCUGGUUGCCAUUAUCCUUGUGAUAAGUGUAGCUCCAAUAAAUGUGGGCAUGAAUGCAGAGUUAAUAGAAACUGGAUGGUGGAAAAAAUUGAAAUAGAAGGCAAUGAUUUUGUCAUCAAGAAUGAUUAUAAAAAAAAGUGAUUCCAGAAUUCAGAAAAAGGGACAUUCAAUGUUUGUUUGAUUUGAAAUAAGAGAUCAAGAAUUACUUACUAAUGGAAACUUGCUUUAUUGAAAGAAAAGACAGCAGACCUAAGUCACAAUAACAAGCGCAAAUAUAGAAA